ACAAACUCAAGUGAAGUGGGGGGGUUGAACCGAGGACGUGCAGCUUCUUGGAAAAGUGGCAUCUGUGUGAGGAAGUCUUCUGCUGGUCAUCAGCCACUCUGGACCUCAUACAGCCAGCGACUCUGCUGCUCCAUUAAUCCGGAUUCUAAUCUGCUUUUCAAGUCCCUAACCAUGAGGACAAACGUAUGGAUUUACCAAGCUUUGGUGUGUGUUGUGGUCACUAUAUUGGAUACAGGUUUUUGUAGGAAGACUCAUCAGUCAUUACAGAAGUAUGAGAAGACUGAGAGUCACAUGCUGCUUUGCACAGACUGUCCUCAGCCCCCUGUGGUACGAAACAGCCGAUCGCAGGAGCACUGCGCCCGCAAGUGCAAGAAGGUCAAGAAAAACUUCAACUGCAGAGCUUUCAACUUUCAACGGCACAACAGGAAAUGCCACUUGCUUCCCUUUGACCGUUUCACCCACGGUGUGCAGAAGCAGGCCAACAUCAACUUUACUUUGUAUGAAAAAAAAGAUUAUAUAAGGGAGUGUAUCAUCGGCACCAAGGACAACUACAGAGGGAGGAGGUCUUGGACGAAGUCGAACAUCACUUGCCAAGCUUGGGCAGAUAAUAACAUCAAUGAACACACGUUUUAUCCUGAUCGGUACCCAACGCAAGACCUGAGGGAGAACUUCUGUCGGAAUCCCAAUAACGACCCGGGUGGUCCGUGGUGCUACACCACAGACCCCAAUGUACGAGCUGAGGAGUGUGGCAUACCACAGUGUUCAGAGAAAGUCUGCAUGACGUGUAAUGGGGAAGAUUACCACGGAAAAAUGGACCAUACAGAAAGUGGCAAGGAGUGCCAGAGAUGGGACUCAGCAAGGCCUCACAAACACCACUUCCAGCCCAAAAAGUAUCGGGACAGAGAUUUAAAGGACAACUACUGUCGUAACCCAGAUAAUCGUCUCCGUCCCUGGUGCUACACAAUGGAUCCCAAAACUCCGUGGGAGUACUGCAACAUCACUGUGUGUGACUCAGACUCAAGUGAGGACACAGAUGUCAAUGUAACAACAUCCUGUGUCCAGGGAAAGGGCACAGAUUACAGAGGCACAAUGAACGUCACUCCAGAGGGUGUGACAUGUCAGCGCUGGGACUCCCAGUUUCCCCAUAACCACUCCUUUAUCCCUCAGAACUUCAAAUGCAAAGACCUCAGAGAGAACUACUGCCGUAACCCUGAUGGUGCAGAUUACCCAUGGUGCUUCACUACAGACCCUAAUCAGAGGAUAGCCAACUGCACCCACAUCCCCAGGUGUGAUGCUGAGGCCACACAAAAAAUAGAGUGUUACGAAGACAAUGGAGAGACGUACAGGGGCACUUUAUCUAUAACUCGAUCUGGGAUUCCCUGUGCAGACUGGUCACAUCACAUAAACAGUGGGGAUUCUCACUCUACAGAAUCACAUGUAGGGCUGGAGAAAAACUACUGCCGGAACCCUGACCGGGACAAACAUGGCCCUUGGUGUUAUACCAAUCCAAAUAACCGUUUGGUCUGGGACUACUGCAAACUGAAGCACUGUGAAUCAACUACAGUGGCUCCUCAACCAAACACUCUGACUCGACCCAAGAUAUCAUGCUUCGUGCAUAUAAACACCAGAAUUGUUGGAGGACACCAAGUGCGAGGUACAGAUGGCAGCUGGGUUGUAAGCAUCCAAAGAGAGAAGGCUCAUUUGUGUGGGGGUUCGUUGAUCAGAGAAGAUUGGGUUUUAACCGACCAGCAGUGCUUUACAUCCUGUGUUCCAGAUCUCAAGGAUUACAGUGUGCAGGUUGGUCUGCGCCACCUCAAUGAAUCCUCAAGCCACCCGAGACUACGCAUCUCUCGCCUGAUCUGUGGCCCUGAAGGAUCCAACCUGGUUAUGCUGAAACUAGCAGACCCAGCCCCUGUGUCUGAAGGUGCCUCCACUAUUCAUCUUCCAGUAAAAGAGUGUCACAUCACCGAAGGCACCAACUGCACCAUGUAUGGAUGGGGGGAAACUAAAAAUACAGGAUACGAUGAGACACUGAAUGCUGUGACCAUGCCUAUGGUCAACAAUGACAUGUGCUCACAAAUCAAAGGGGAUGCUGGGGAAAGCAGAAUAUGUGCCGGCGGCAAGAGGGGAGAAGGCGUAUGUGAUAAAGACAAUGGUGGUCCAUUGGUCUGCCAGGAACAUGAGCGCAAAGUCAUUAUUGGUUUGAGCAUCCAAAGGACAAAAUGCGCCUCAUCACAGCCUGCGCUUUUUGUUAAUGUUGCUUUCUACUCUGAGUGGAUAUACAAAGUGUUCAAAUUUUACCCCAGUUUGGAGAGGAACUGAUGGUGUGGUGUGAAAAUCAACUCCAUACAGGACUUUGCCACAGCCUGAGAAAAGGAGGGGGCGGCUUUGGGCCAACAAAUUCCAAGACCUCUCCAGCAUGGACCACAGGGGGAGAAAUUAGGAAAGUCACCUUGUGGAAAGUGGCCAUUUGGGGAUUUUGUGGCUAAAUUUGUCAUUUUACAGAGAUGACAGAGAUUAGCGAUGGAAGACUGGAUAAACCAAAUGGAGUCUCAACCAUUCCUCCACUUUGCUAAAGAAGACAUCCAGGUUGUUAGCCUUAAUAUAAUUUUUUACAACCAAAGUCUCGGGCACAUGGACAGCUUACUAAUUGUAUUUUGACAUGUUCAGAACUUCUGAAGCCAUGCAAAGACAACGAGAAUGACACUUGUGAAUCAGUAUUAUCUCCUGGAAUAUACUUGAAUAUGGACAGAACCUAGUUCUCUGGUGGUUACCACAUGAGGUAGUGCGACUGGGACUGAACUUUGUAUGUGUUGAGCUGGACUGCAAAACAUAUCUUUUUACCUCCAACACAAGUGAUGUGUAUGGAUAAUAAUCGUAUUCCUUAUUCCUAUGUCAACAAACAUUCUUAUAUGGUCAUAAAUUUUAGGAUGCCUUUCAAAUAUCUGUGAAAAAUGUUAUUCGGCUACUAAAAUAACCCAACAGAAAACUAUAGUAAUACCCAAACGGAGGAAAAUAAAAGCAUGGAAAGGUCAUUAUAAACUCACUACUAGGUAAGACAGACACUAAAAGUCCCUAUGUUAAAAUAGUGAUUAAGCCAAGCCUGUAAGUCCAGCAAAGGUUGAAGUUUGGCUUCCAACAUUAUCAGUAGGUGAGUUUAUAAAACUGCUGCUUGAAAAGCUAACUGCAGCAGCCUUGGCAAACUAUGUAGUGCUAAUUGUGUGCAGUAGCUGCACUACCUUUUCCCCAGUUAGCUGUAACUGUUAGUUUCCCCGAGAGAGGGUCUAAGUAGGACUGAGCAAACUGCUCCAAAUCUUAUGCUAAUAUUUGUAGCAUGAGAGAGAGAAGUGCCAUGCCAAAUAUAACAUGGCUAUUUGGUCUCCAGUUUGGAGGGAACUUUAGCCCCUGGUGGGCUGUGUGUGGUCAGUAGGAUAUUUUAUACUUUUUUUAUUUCAUGGAAAGUGACUCCUUAUGUACAUAACUGCAGAUUUAUUGAGUAUGUUUCUGCUGUGCUGUAAGAUUUUAUAGGUCUUAUAGAUCUGGAAUAUUUUUGGUUCACUGAGUAAUGUCAGAUUGGCUUCUUCGUGCCUCUGAUUAUGUUUAAUAUUUAAAGAGACUGGUAGCUUGUAAUUAGUAGUUAGGUGUAUUUAUUUUUUUUAAAUUAGAAGACAUCGCUUGAAAAGAAUCCAGAUUUUGGUUUGAUUUUUAGAUCUUUGUUUCUUUGUUCUAGGAGUAAUUAUGAGCCCAUAAUAACUGCAUGUUUGACUCACGGAUAAUAGCCUCACAAACAUAAAGUAUCAUGCAUGCAGUAUGCCUCAUAUGGUUUACCAUUUUAAUUCAAGAGUGCUUGUUGUGGGCUAAAUUAACAUUGUUCUGUUCCGAGUUGUUUGUUUGUGUGGCUCCUACGCAAGAGUUAAACUAUGUAUUCUAUUCUCAGCUUUAAGAUGACUGAAUAUCACAUGAAAAAUGGUACAUAACAAUAAAGGAACAAAUAUUGUUAUUAGAGGCUUUAAUGCAAUGAAUUGCAGGUUCCCAUAAGUCAGUGAAUCAUUUUUCCUUCGGUUCAAGUGUUUUAAAGACCAAAACUGCAUAUAAUUAAAUUAUAUCUGUGUCCUUAAUUGUACAAAUGGAGUCCUCUAAUAGCCUUGCAAAGGUUACAAAGUCUAUGAAGUAGAAAUUUAAAUGGAGAAAGCUUCAAUAAAGACAACUGUUAUAUAAGAGAGGUGAAACCAAAUAUCGCAUUGGUUAUUGAUCAGUUUUCUGUGCUCUUAUGACGAUGUAACUGUUAUUUAAUUGACCUUUUUUGUAAAUAGCCCAGAAAAUUGUAUAAAUUACAAUUUGUAUUUUUUGUAAAUAGCAUACUUAAGUAUUUUUUCUUCAUG